AACAUUUUGUGUUGGAAGAUUCUAAAUUUCUCUCCUUACUCGAAAAAUCCAAUUGGUUGUUUUACUCUUCGUUAUGUCUACGUUAUGCUUGUGUGGCGGCCGAGAAACUAAGAGAAGGCAUUUCUUGUGUUCUACAAGAAUCCAAUGGCCGUGACUUAUGCUGCAUUAUUUCCUCUUUAACACAAAUAAUUCUCGAUCCUUUGUACCGUUCCAUAGAUGGUUUCCAGUCGUUGAUACAAAAAGAAUGGGUGGCUUUGGAGCAUCCUUUUCAGCGCCGCUUGGGGCAUGUGCGUUUGCCUGCCGAUUCUACUGUCUUACAAGAAGAGAGUCCUGUUUUCUUGCUUUUCCUCGAUUCAGUUUGGCAAUUGCUGCAGCAAUUUCCCGAUGAAUUUGAAUUCUCUCAAACCUACUUAACCACUCUCUGGGAUUCUUGCUUUAUGCCCAUUUUCGAUACCUUUCAAUUUGAUACAAAUGCUGAGCGUCUUAAGGCUCUUAAGGAGAACAAAUUGGUGUUGCGCCCCGUCUGGGAUUGGUCGGAACAAUUUUUGGAAAAGGAUAAACUCUUCUUCAACAACCCUUUCUAUCAAAAGCAGAAACAGGAACUGCCCUGUAGACGUUCUAUAGCUAUACCGGCUGGUGCUGUAAUGCUGCCGGGUCUGGCCAAACCUGGUCUACAGCUACAAUUUCCUCAACAUCAACGCAACACUAUGGUUCCUCAGAAUUUCAUAGCCAAAUCUUCUAUACCCAAAGAUAGAUAUUUACUACCCGAACAUCGCAUGUCUUCUCUGCAAAUCUGGGAACAGUGCUAUUAUCGUUUUAUGCCCAUUUUAGAAAUCAAACGUGGUGGUUUUCCCCAAAUCGAACUACAACAUCGACUAUUGCUUAGUAAUAUAGCGAAAUUACAACGUUGUCUCGAACUGCAAGAGUACGACGAUUUGCCGGAUAUUUACUAUGAUUUAACGAAAGAACCCAAACCUUCGAUCAGCCAAGAGAGAAGACCCUCUCAAACCACUUCCACAGAUGGUGUAGAAUUCAUAGAAGGCGUAGAACGCCGCAGACGUUCCUCUUUGGCUGGUGGUGCGUCAGUUACUGCGGCCGAUGCUGGUGUAGCCUCUAUUCUACCCGAGAUAUCUUCCUUCUUUCCAUUUAGCAAUAAUACUGGUGAAACGCAACAAUUACAUGAUAUUUUAUCCAGCAGUCAGGAAUUUUUAUUGGAGGGCUCCAUUAUGGAUCGUUUAUCGAUUGCCUAGCAUAAGGAUCAGGCCUUAACGUUGGCCGAGGUACAGGAAGAAGAAAACAGUGCCCUUUAAUAGUUGAGAGAACAAUAAUAAAAACAAGGAAAAGAAAAAGAUCAUUUGUUACCUGUUUCUGGUUUAAAACUUGGUGUAAACAAUAAUACGUUAUAAACAAAUAAACUUGUUCUUCAUAAGCCAAAAUUAUUUAAAAUAACUUAAAUUGAAAACUAUUAUAAACUAAACUACAAUACUACAGCUUGUUUAAAAAUAAACUAAAAUCUAAAAAAAAAGCUUCUAAACUUAAGGCUUGCAACAAACUUGCUUUAUAAUCAAACUACUUUUUAGAGAGAAAAAACUUAAUAAUUUUGUAAAGAGUAGCCUCUUAAAACUAAACGCUACGUAAAAACAUGUUACAUAUAAAAUAGGUAACGUUUUAAAACUUAAAACUAAUUUAUUUAAAAUUUAUCGAAAAUUUCGAAUAACCUUGUUAAAAAAGAAAAAAAACUAAAAUUAUAAACAAAUUUAUUACAAAAACAAAAAAAGUAUUACAGUUUUUAUUUUAAUUAUUUGGC